AUGGAAAAGCAAGAGAAGGUCCUCGGGGCUUGUAUUUAUGUCUUUUUCUUGGGACGGGCAUAUGUUGAGAGUGAGUUGGCCCAAGGGCUUAAGUACGGGUGGGCGGACGGGAAGCCUUGUUUUCCACACCCUAUGGUCGUAUGUAUCGUUUUAAAUGCGGGAGAGGAUCAUAAAGUCAAUUGA